AUGACUUACUGUUUGGAGAUUAUGUCUACUCAAGCCAUCAACCCAAGUCAUGGUGGUUCAAUUUCCAGGCAUAGAGUGAUUUACUGUGACCGUGAAGAUGGUGAUCGAAGAUUACAUGCUGAUUAUCUUUCAGAAAAUCCAAAAUAUAAUGAGGCAAUAUUUCGUAGACGAUUUCGGAUGAGUCAAAAUUUUUUCUUACGAAUUGCCAACGCUGUUGCAGAUCACGAAAAUUAUUUUGUGCAACGGAGAGAUAAAAUCGGUAGACUAGGCUUCUCUACUUUACAAAAAGUAAUAGCAGCAUUUCAAAUUUUGGUUUAUGUAGUAGGAGCAGAUGCAACAGAUGAAUACAUCCAAAUUGGGGAAUCAACAGCAAUUGAAAGGUCGAAUAAUGAUAUUAAUGUGUUGGAGGCAUCACAUUUGUUUGCAAACAUUGCAAAUGGUACGACACCUCCUACUCAUUAUGUUAUUCAAGGGAAAGUGUACGAUAUAGGAUAUUAUUUAGCUGAUGAGAUAUAUCCGAAAUGA